AUGGGUGAAGGGGUCGACGUCCUUGAGUGGCGGCAACACGGCGCUGCGCUGCAUGUGGCGCUGCAGGUCCACCCUGAGCACCACCAGCUCCUGCGAAUAGAACUUGAGGCUGCCGUGAGGGUUUCAAGAUGGGGGCGGGGGGAGCGGGAGGGAGAGAGGGAGGAGGGGAGGGAGGGAGGGAGGGAGGAAGGGAGGGAGGGAGGGAGGGAGGGAGGGAGGGAGAGAGGGAUGGAGGGAGGGAGGGAGGGAGGGAGGGAGGGAGGGAGGGAGGGAGGGAGGGAGGGAGGGAGGGAGGGAGGGAGGGAGGGAAGGGAGGAUGGAACUGAACGACAAGCACCAGAAGAAAUCAAAUUGGCUAUAAAAAACUUCAAAGGAGGGACAGACAGGCAGAGAGGGGAAGGGAGAGGAAGAAAAGGUUUUGAGCUCAGAGGAUGGCACAUAUGCAUGUGUCUUAGAGUGUGUCAGAACGUAGGGAAGGGAGGAGAAAGAGGUGAGAAGAGCGAGCAAACGGGGAUGGGGGAUAGAGGGGAAUCAGGGGCUCACCGGGAAGGGUUGGAUGAGAAGACAACAGAGGGGAGGGCGUCAGUGAUGGGGUCUGUAAAGAAGCGCGGCAGCGAUGGGUAUGGCAGCACCGCGCAUGGGCCUGGGGGCAGGCACACGUGGGUAGGGGUACGGGCAGGUGGAGCAGUGUGGGGAAGAGAGCAGAAAGAUGGUGACGUGGUGCACUGUGCUGUGCUGUGUUGUCAGUUUGGAUGGUAUGCACGCCUGUAG